UAGUUUAACGACAUGCAGUAUAAACAUUAAAUGCAAUGAUUUUCAAAAUAAUAUUACGAUCUUUAACAAGAAAACAAUGUUUAAUUUUGUGCCAUCAAAAAUAUGCAAUAUUUCCAAUGUGCAGAAAGUUUUAUCACACAGUACCUUUUAUAAAUCUUUACAAAGAAGUUUCUGGUCAACCUGUCACAGAUCAUUUUGUUGAUGAACUAAAGAGGAAAUAUCCAAAGAUUUUUGAAUUUAGUAAACAUCAAAUACAGUGUACUUUAAAAAUAUUAAAUAAAUUUGGCAUAACAGCUGAAGAUGCUUGUUUUGAUCCUCAUAUAUUUUGCAUGAAUCACCUAUUAAUGGAUAAUUAUGCAGAAAUUUUAAAAGAAUGCAAUUUUACUAUUAUACUCCCUAAACAUAUAAUAAGAUACCAUACAUUAGUCAAAUCCCGGACAAUAUCACAAUUAAAAAAAGAAGGAUUGUUAAAAGAUGAUCUCAAUUUAGAAAAGUUAUUACUAAGUGGUUUUUUUGAUUGGCCAAAACAUCAUGUCAAACUUAUUAAUUUUUUAGAUUCCGAUACUAAUAUUUUGACAAUUAGAAUGAGCGUAUUAGAAAGAUACCUCCAGUAUAAAUUUUCUAUAACCUCGGACGAGUUUAAAAAUUACUGUAAAAAUUAUUUACCACUCAAACAUAGACCAAUUUGUGACAUUCAAGAAGCAUUAGACAUAGCGCAGAAUGUCAUUAAAUUUAAUGUAGAAACAAUAAGAAGAAAUGGAUUUAUAAUAUCAUCAGAUCCAGCAAAUACAAGACUUAUUUUAGAGAAUGUGGAUUCACUGGGUGGCUUAGAUAUCAGAGAUGCUAUCAAAAUUGAGCCUGCUAUACUAAAAAAUCGUUACCAAGCUCUCAUAGAAAUAAAAGACAUGUUACAGAAAUACAGUAUUUCAAACAAUGCUCAAAGACGCUGCCUCAAGAUUUAUUGUAUGCGUCCAGAUACAGUUCAAGAACGGUUAGAACAACUUAUUAAACUGAAGGAAUAUCAAGUGCUAUCAUCAAAUCCAAGAGUACUCUACUUAGUGGUACAUGAAAAGAAAAUGUUGAAUCGCUUAGCAAAAAUACAAGCAGCAAAGAAAAAUUGUUACAGCCUAAACCAUCUAGUGGCCUCGAACAAAGUGUUCAACACGUACAUAAAUAGUUUUGGAAACAAAAUUUGCAGUCGAGAUGUAGCUGUGUUAGUGAGUUCAUCUCUCAGUGGGGCGGGUAUAACUAAUAAGUCAGUGUUAAAUAAAUUGAAACGACAUAAAUAUUGGCUUCACACUGCGUUAAACGUUGUAGGAGAAAACAUACAGAUGUUGAAAAGAAUGUUUACCGAUGACGUCAUAUUUGAUAACUGUCAAAUACUAUUAUACCCUGUCCUCGAACUGGAGCAAUAUAUAGAAUACUUAAUGAAGAUCCGUGACGGUGAAUAUUUUAUGAAAGAAACUAGUAAAAUUGAAUUAGAUAGCAGUUACAAUAACUUAAACUACAGUGUGUUAACUGACAGUCAGAUCUUAAGUCUUAUUUUAUAUGAAAUGGAAAAGAAAUAUCACUUUAGUGGAGACGGCAUUUGGAACAAACUUGAUAGUGCAAAAAUAAAAGUCAAACGUUGACACAAACUCAAAAAUUAACUCAAACGUGACCUUAUUUAUUAGGCAUACUGUAAAUAUGUAACUAUGAAUAAAAAUAAUAAAAAAUAAAA